UAUGACGUCAAAUUCAGGCACUAAGAGUUCAAGGACGGCUUUUGAGGAAGAGGAGGCAGAAUGAGCUCGGGGAGAUAAAUAUUAGGAGUUGAAAGCUGACAAGAACAAAAAUGGCCAGUCUUUUUGACCAGUAUGAGCAAGCUUCAUCUAAAAGCUACAGCACCUAUAAGCCAGCAGAAGCUGUGUUAGAACCAAUCCAGACAUCAGGGUUCAUCUCUGCAAGCCUAGAUGAUGAAACUCCAAUCUUCAGCAAACAGAGAAUUAACUUCAGUCCACCAGGCAGAGUAACCCACACUGUAGUAUGUAACAACUUUCUGGUCAUGGCAUUGACUAAUAAUAUGCUGCUAAGGAUUGACUUAGAAAACCCUGGAGCACCUGAUGAGGUGGAAGUAACAAAACCAGGGACAGACAAAAUACACGAAAUCUUCUUGGAUCCCACAGGCAGACAUCUUUUAGUCAGCAUGUCAUCACAAGAGAACUACUAUUUAUCAAGAAAUUCAAAGAAACCUAAACUGCUGGGCAGAAUGAAGGGUCAUCAGAUAGAUUCAGUUGGCUGGAACCUCCAGAAUACAUCAGAAACCACCACUGGAUCCAUACUUUUGGGGACCAGCAAAGGUCUGAUAUUUGAGACUGAGAUCCAGUCUGGAGAGGACAGCAGGUUCUUCCAAGCCACUCUGGAGCAGUAUUGGAAACAGUUGUUUAACCUUGGCAGGGACAGACCUGCCCAUGUCACAGGUCUGGCAUUUGAGAAGAUUCCCAGUGGGUCUAUGAAUGAGUACAAAUAUUUUGUACUUGCAACCACACCAGGACGGCUCUACCAGUUCCUAGGUAACAUCCCAAGCUCCACUGAGCCUCCAAUGUUUCAGCAUGUAUUUGAAUCCUAUCUUGAUAUGCCAGAGAGUUUUCUGGAGUUGCCUGGCAAUUUUGGCUACAGCAAACUUCAGCUGUAUUACCCAAAAUACAGAGGUCUUCCUACUUCAUUUGCUUGGAUGACAGGACCUGGUAUUUACUAUGGCAAGAUAAACCCAAAUGCAACCAAAGAUUCUGUCACAACAGACACAAAGCUUAUGCCAUAUCCCAAAGAUGAUGAGAACAAGUCGAAACCUAUUGAUAUUGUGCUUACAGAGUUCCAUGUUCUGAUACUCUUCCCAGAUAGGUUAAAAGCCAUCUGUGUGCUCAAUGAACAGCUGAUAUUUGAUGAUGUCUAUGCUGAAAGACAUGGGGUUCUUCAAGGUUUGUGCAAAGACCCUGUUCGAGGAACUAUUUGGGCUUAUACCGACCAGUCCAUUUUCAAAUACAAGAUAACAAGGGAAACUAGGGAUGUUUGGCAGAUGUUUCUUGACCGUGGGGAAUUUGAAUUGGCUAUGAAGUAUUGUGAGGAUAACCCAGCUAACAAGGACAAGGUGCUGACAAGACAGGCAGAGCAGUUUUACAAAGAUGGACAAUAUGAAAAGAGUGCCAAGCUGUUUGCUCUGACUCUCAACAACUCUUUGGAAGAAGUGGCACUUAAGUUCAUUCAGACAGAACAGAAAGAUGCACUCAAAGUUUAUCUCAUAAGAAAACUGAAAGGACUUAAGGACGAGGACAAAACUCAGAUCACAAUGUUGGUAACAUGGUUGACAGAGAUUUAUUUAAACCAGCUUGGUGAGCUAAAAGAGCAAGGACAAGAUAUGAAUGAGGACUAUGAUGCUUUGCAAGAUGAAUUCAGAAAGUUUCUUGCUUUUAAGCGUGUGAAGGAUUGUGUUACACACAACCGUAAUACUAUCUAUGACCUGAUAGCUAGUCAUGGGGAUGUUGAGGAUCUGAUUUAUUUUGCUACUUUAAUGGAAGAUUUUGAAAGAGUAAUUACACAUUAUGUUCAGCAUGACAACUACAGGGAAGCUUUGGAGACGCUAGCAAAACAUUGCACGAAUGACACAGAAUUGGUCUACAAGUUUUCACCAUUGCUGAUGCAGCAUGUUCCUAAAGAAACUGUUGAUGUUUGGAUUCACCUUGGCAGACAGCUAGACCCCAAGAAGUUAAUACCUGCUCUGGUGCAAUAUGACCAUGAAAAGAGAAGGGAACAGGACAAUGAAGCCAUCAGGUAUCUAGAAUUCAGCAUCACAACACUGGACAAUAAAGAUGAGGCGAUUCAUAACUAUCUCCUGUCACUCUAUGCCAAGUUGCAACCUGAUAAACUGAUGGCAUAUCUUAAACUAGAAGGAGAAGACCAGGAAGAAGUGAGCUAUGAUGUGAAGUAUGCACUGCGGCUAUGUGCUGAGCAUGAUCAGAAGAGAGCCUGUGUCCACAUCUACAGCACCAUGGGCUUGUAUGAGGAGGCAGUGGAUUUAGCAUUACAGGUGGAUGUGGAUUUGGCCAAGCACAAUGCAGACAAGCCAGAGGAUGAUUUGGAGUUGAAGAAAAAGUUAUGGUUGAGAAUAGCUCGACAUGUUGUAGAAGAAGAGAAAGACAUUAAAAGAGCCAUGGCAUUCCUCCAUGAAUGUGAUUUGUUGAAGAUAGAAGAUAUUCUACCUUUCUUUCCGGAUUUUGUAACAAUUGAUCAUUUCAAGGAUGCCAUUUGCACCUCCCUGCAGGAAUACAAUCAGCACAUUGAGAAACUGAAGGAGGAGAUGGAAGAGGCCACACAAAGUGCCAAGGACAUCAGAGGAGACAUACAGAGCUUCAGAAACAAAUUUGCAUUUGUAAAGGGCCAGGAUAAGUGUUCUUCCUGUGGGUUUCCACUGAUGACCAGAACAUUCCAUGUGUUUCCUUGCAUGCAUAAGUUCCACACAGAUUGUCUUACUACUGAGGUAUUGCCCCAUCUGAGUACUAUUAAAAGAACACAAGUUGAAGACUUGCAGAGAAAGUUGGCAUCUUCCAAAGAAGAUCCCACCAUGGCCAUUCCAGAGUUAAAACAAAAUUUAACAGGUACACAGGCAGAUCUAAGGGCAUCCCUGGAUGAAAUAGUGGCGACAGAGUGUGUAUUUUGUGGUGAAUACAUGAUCAAGAGCAUAGACUUGCCUUUCAUCAAAACAGAGGAGUAUGAUGAUGUCAUGAAGACAUGGUUAUAGCUUAUAGGACAGAAGAUUAUUUAUAUUUAGAGAUGGAUGGACUGAAUAAUGCUGAUACAAUUUGUGAAAUGAAAAUAAACAAUGUGUUUUAAGAUUAAAAUUAAAGAGACAAAUAGAACCUAAGAUCUGAAAAUAGGACUCACGUGGACUUUAAAUUUUAAUUUAUAUUUUAUAUUGCUAUAAAAUUACUGACAGAAAAUGAAUUCAUCCAGUUAUAUGUGACAGCUGCUAUUAUAAUAGUCAAAGACUUAUUCAGACCAGUGCGCGUAUCAGCAUACUAUUUAUUGUUGCAUGGUAGCUAAUUAUCAUUGUUGACAGAUUUGGUGCAAGUCAUUUCAAAUAGAACUUUUUUCUGUAUUUGUUUGACUUUUACAAUAAGCCAACCUUCUAGCUGGUAAAGAUAACACGAGAACCUCAUAAAUAAAAGUUUGCCUAAUUUA